GGAGAAUUUGAAUAGCGGGAGAAUAGCAUUAGUCCACGCAUUAGUCCCAUUAGUUCGCGCUCCACAUGCCAUGUGGCAACAUAAUUUUUUAUAACGUUUUACGUCAAAAACUCGACUAAAUUGCUGUGAUUGAAGGAGGAAGUGUGCGUAAAAGUACGAUUUUCCCUCCUUUUCAGCACUAGUGCUUAAAAGAGUGCAAUUUAGUUGAGUUUUUAACCUAAGGUGUUAUAUAAAAAAUCUUUUUCUCAUUUCGCAACUUGUUUUCAUUAUAAAAAGUUCAGAAAAACUAAAAAAAACUAAAAAAACCAUUUAUUACUGAUUAUUCUAAUAUAAUAGAGUGAUUCGACAAAAAUGAUUUUACGUGUUCAAUCUGGUGUGUUAAAAACAAUUGUUCGGAGCAAUGUUCGUUCAUUAUCUCAGUUUUACAGCAUCAAUGAUAAUGCAUUUGGAUUUAAUGAACAACAAAAGGAGUUGCGAAACUUGACUUUCAACUUUGCACAGAAGGAACUCACUCCAAAAGCCGCGGAAAUGGACAAAACAAAUAAUUUUGAUGAUAUGAGGCCAUUUUGGAAGGAAAUGGGUAAACUGGGUUUUCAUGGAAUAACUGCGAAACCGGAAUAUGGCGGAACUGGAGGAACUUAUUUAGAUCACGUGAUUGUUACAGAAGAAAUUGCUAGGGCCUGCGCGGGUGUGGGUCUUAGCUAUGGAGCUCAUUCAAAUUUAUGUUUGAAUCAAAUUCAUAGACACGGUACUGAAGAACAGAAACACAAAUAUUUACCAAAGCUCUGUAGUGGUGAACAUGUGGGAGCUUUGGCAAUGUCAGAAGCGGGUUCAGGCUCAGAUGUGGUUUCAAUGAAAUUAAAGGCUGAGAAAAAGGGUGAUUACUACAUUUUAAAUGGAAACAAAUUUUGGAUUACAAAUGGACCAGACGCUGACACUCUAGUUGUUUAUGCAAAAACUGACAUGAAUUGUGCAAAACCACAGCAUGGAAUUACGACUUUUAUUGUGGAAAAAGGAACUCCUGGUUUUAGCACUGGACAAAAACUCGAUAAAUUAGGAAUGAGGGGUCCAAAAACCUCGGAAUUAAUUUUUGAGGAUUGUAAAAUUCCUGCUAGUAAUAUUUUGGGUCAAUUAAAUAAAGGAGUUUAUGUUUUGAUGAGUGGAUUGGACUUGGAACGACUUAUUUUAUCAGCUAUUUCUAUCGGAAUUAUGCAAGCAUGUUGUGAUGUUGCGUUUAAUUAUGCACACGAGCGAAAACAAUUUGGUAAACCAAUUGCAGAAUUUCAAAUGAUUCAGGAAAAACUUGCAAAUAUGCAUAUGGCUUUGUCCACCAGUAGAAGUUAUACAUAUACUGUUGCAAGGGCAUGUGAUGCAGGUUAUGUUGAUCGAAAAGAUUGUGCUGCAGUUAUCACAUAUGGGUCCGAAUAUUCAACAAAAGUAGCUCUUGAUGCUAUACAAAUUUUAGGUGGAAAUGGAUAUAUUAAUGAUUUCCCAACAGGAAGAUAUUUAAGAGAUGCAAAAUUAUUAGAAAUUGGUGCGGGUACAUCGGAAAUCCGAAGAAUGGUUAUCAGCCGUGCAAUAGCUGAAAAUUAUAUGUAAUUAAUUGUUAUUUAGGUACUAAAUUUAUAUUUUUGGAUUUUUGGAUAGGUUCAAACGUAUUUUGAGCGGUAUUGCUUAGAAUUCGCUUAACUUCGUUUAGAGUGAAAAUUGAUCGAUAAAUUGUUAAAAAAAAAUUUUUUACUGUAUUUUUUUUAUCAAAAGCAAAACUCUUAUUUGUUAAACGAAAAUAUUGGUCAAAAAAUGCUUUCCCAGUUAAAAUAAAUGAAACAAAAUUUUAUCAAUA